AUGGUAUGUUUUUAGCCACUCAGGUCCGUCACUGUAACACCCUUAAAAUUAUCCAAAAUUUCCCAAAAAACAUGGUAACAUAACGAAAUUAAAAUUAUUGCUUAAAAUUGUAUUUAAAAUGUCUCCUACUCUCUCCCUAACAUCCCAAAAUAGCGUAAAAAUGAUUUCUCCUCUCAGAAAUCACUGUAGUAGAAAAGCAAAAUGCGCAUACCCGACCAUUUCGGACGUAUUUUCCUUUAAAUUUGCGAUAUCUUUCAUGUUACACUUGAUAAGAUUACUCGUUUUUUGAGCUAGAACCUCUUUUUUUAUCUCCUCUAAAAAUACCUUCCCCUAUAAAAACCUUGAUCCUUGGAGAUUACAUCAUGCUUGAACGGAAUGGCUCUCUAAUAAAAUCUGCCUCCAAAGUACAUUCCUCUCUUCGCCCAUUUGACCCGUCCACAUGAUCCGUCUCUGUUUCAAAAAAUAAAUGUGACGCAACCUUUUCUCUCUCUCCUCCCCUGUUUAUUCGAGAUAAGUCAUACGGCGGGUUUUAUUUAUUCCGCUCUUGUUUUGUAAACAUUUCGGUCAUGAGUAAAGUAAUGUCGAAAAUCGGCUCGACGAGGGAUGAAGAAUGAAUCUUUGGGGUGAAAAAACGUCCAUAACCUCGAAUAGAGUGUGAUUACUGAAUUUUACGAUGAAAAUUUUAGAAUACUCAGCUUUUUUCGACAUUUUUUUCUUUCUUAUCAUGGAUAACACAUAAAGUAAUAUAAAAUCUGAAUUUUUGGCCUAAAUAGUGCAGCAUUAAUUAUUAAAUGACGUUACCAAUCCAAUAGAACGUGUGAGACGCCAAUUCGCUUCGUUCCCUUCUCGAUUUUUCCACAUGAUUCUGGGACAAAACUGUUUGCAAAUUCGAAAUUCAUUUUUCUGCUUCGGCUGUCCCUGUAAAGCUAUAAAAUCCGUUGCACUCUUGUCUUUAGUGUCGAUUCGGGGUAUUAAAGGUAUUGAAGUCGCCAAUUUGGGGGGUUUUAUUAUAUUAUACUAGACCUUCUUACCUAAAAUUUAAAUUUUUUAUAUUAUCCUCGAUUUAGCUUUAAUAUUGAGCGAAAACUUUUCAGCGCGUAUUUUGCCCAUCUUUUCCAACGUAGUUGACCAAUUUGGUUUCAGAAAAUGCGACGACAAGCUAAUCGGGUGGUUCGUUUUGAUCGGAUUCAACGGGUUCGUCACUUCAGCGACGACGGUCUAGAGCCAGAAGAAUACUUGAUGAAGGGAAAAAGAAAGCGCCUUCGGUUGGUAGUUCCAUUACCUGAAGGAUGUUUUGCGGUAAGUGUUUUUUAGUGAAAAAAACAUUAUUUUCUGUGAAAUAUAGGUAUAAGCAGAUAAAACAAGGUCAUAUUAAUGAAAACAACAUGAUCUACCAGCUAAUUCGCACAGCAUUACCGAAAAUCCCGCAAGAUUUUACAGAAAAACAGGAGUUUUUGUUUGUAAAGAAAGACUUGACCCAGCUCUAAAUUAAGGUGUCAAGUCUUCCUCUACAACUGGAAAAGUCGAAAAACAGAAGAGUCGAGUCAAAAUCAAGUUCAAAGUACUGUUUUCAGAGUCCGAGUACCUCGAAAAAGUUUAAACUCAGCUCCAUCCUCCGGUCCAGUCCGCCUCCUGGCGAUGAAAAGGAAGAAAAGUCGGAGGUUCAACAGUUUGUGGCGUCAGUGGUGAAACAAAUGGAACAGAAGUUCGGCAAGGACUGGCAUUGCACAGAACCCGAACUCUCGCUUCGAUUGAGUUUGUGUGCCGAGGAGGUUUUGAGUCGGGAUCAAAAAGAAUUCGAGCGAAUUCAGAAGCUGUUCGAGGAGGAGUUUGAAGUGGAAGUGAGUAUUUUUUGAUUUUUUUCGAACGUUUAGAUGUCUGUUGAGGUGAUAGAGAGAUGGCGCAGCUUGAUCUUAACUUUCUGACGGGAAAUGAAAUUUUUUUGGAAAUCUGACGGCUUUUUAUCUAAAACAAUAAAAAUUUUGUCGAAAAAUUUAUCUAAAUCCUUUCCGAAUGAUAUCUAAACGCUCUUCACAUCUAACUCAUUCAAUUUCCAGGACGUGGACGAAGAAUCCACCAGGGACGAGACUUUCCAAGCCUUGAAACACCUCCAUUUAAGUGCUCAAAUGGGUCUGGCCUUCUAG